UUCUGGAGGUCAGACGCCACGCAGAGACCUGGAGAAACAGCUGACCGGGGAGGAAAAAGCCCUGAGACCCGGUGACCCCGGGUUCUGUGCCCGGGCCCGGGUGCCGAUGCCCUCCAACAAAGACUACGUGGUCCGACCGAAGUGGAACGUGGAGAUGGAGUCGAGCAGGGGUCCCUUGAAGAAGGGAGUGUCCCGCGUAGAUAAACAGAUGCGUCGGUUUGCCGACGCUCGCCGCCUGACGAAGCCGGGUCACGCCGUGAAAAUCAGCGUGGAGGGAAACCGGAUGCCUCUCUGAUUUUUGUUUUAACCUCCAUAGGAUUUAUUUCUUGUUUUUUUUUUUUCUUUUAAAUGUGUUUAAAUGCUCCUGAACAAACCCAACGUCCCCCCCUCCCGUCCCCCCGCCCCCUCCUCAGGUCUGGCCCCGCCUCCUUUAAGCGCUGACGUCAGAGACUCAGUGUAAAGAUAAUAUGUAAACAUUGAAGGAACUCGUCAGGUCUUUGGGUAAAAACAAAACAUGAAUUUUUUUUCCAGAAUGAUCCUUUAAGAGCCGCUCUGAGACGCUAUCAACGUUAGCAUUUUGUUAAGAAGCUGUUAUGAUCUCUAACUCGCUGACAGAAGCUCCUGUUAGCAUCGUUAGCAUCGUUAGCAUCGUCAUCAGCUGAGCUUUCACUCCGCUCACUUUUCAAACCGUUCAAAGAAUCGAUGGAAACUCUCCGUCUUAUCACAGGAUUUCAGAUUCCAGUUAAAGGAAGAGUGACUUUUUGAUCCAGGAGGUGUCGCCCUUGAGCACUAAAACAAACUGCUGUUAGGCCACGCCUCCUCCAGAGACACACCUUCAACUCCCCCCCCCCCCAUGUUAGCGCUCUUUAGUUAGCUGUUCGGAGUCUAAACCCUCCACAGCGUUUCUCCUCACCGCCAUCUUUAAACUCCACAGAAGGUCGUGGUUUGAUUUAUUUGAUUGCAGGUAAAGAGUCCCUCCAUGAAAGUUACACUUAAGCGUUAAUAUUUCAAAAAAGGAGAUAAUGACUCGAUGUCGUAGAGGAUCAUUUUGGAGACAUGUCGUGUUUUUACCCAUAAAGAUAUAAAGUCACUGAGUGUUGGAUUUGAGAUGAAUCCCCCCCCCCCCUUCUUUUUUUUGUUUCUGGACUUGUCCUGCCUCUCCGCCUUUUUGUCCCCUCUCUGCUCCCGUAGCGGCUGUACAGAAGUCUGUGAACUGAGUUCAGAAAACGGGGGCGACGCACUGAACCUGCAGGAUCCAGUCUGGACUCUGGUCAGAGCCGGUGUGUUUGUAUGAAUCUGUCUGUCUGUCUGCACUGUUCAGAAAAUACUUUUCUUAAUAAAGACUCGACAGAAACUCAAA